UUGUGUCCUUCCUUGAAAUGAACUGAAAAUUUGAGUUUGAAAGUGCGACCCAAUUAAAGAGAAGAGCCAAUCGAUUAAGAGUUGUGCCUCCCCCUUUAAUGAGUUGUGACUUGAGCCACCAAACCAAAUUGGAAGAGUACACUUUGUGAUUUAAGCCCCCCUCCCCACCGUUGCCCCUCCGGAGAUCCAAUUUGUGUCCAAUGAAUAUUAAUUCAUGGAAAAUUGGUCCCUUCCCAUAAAUUUUAUGGUUGCCUUAGAAUUGUGUAUGUGCAAUUAAGUCCCUUCAACACAAUGAUGUGUUUGAUAUAUAAAAAAUCCUUGGGCUUUGCUAAGAGACGUUAGACAUGGACAAUAGACAUGCCGAUUAGAGGAGAGAGCACCUAAAAGAAAGAGAGGCAGAAGAAAUAAACAGAGGGCAGACUUCGAACAGGCUAAAGACAGAAAAGGAAAACUUGGAAUCAGAAAUGGAUUGGAAUCGAGAACAUGAAAACUAAUUUUGGAAAUGGAAUCAGAAAUUGGAUUUGGAUGAGACAAACAAUAAGAGAAAGAAAAGAGAAAAAGGGCAUGAAAUCACAAAUUGUGCUUACAGGUAAAUAUUUAUUAAUAGGUAAUCAUAUCAUAAUGGAAUGAAAUUGGCACAACAGAAUUGAUUCAGAGAACUUAGACCAUACAGUGGAAAGAGCAAUUUGGAUCAAGUUUGGAUGUGAAUUUUAUACAUUUGUACAUAAUUUAAAUACAAACAAACAAAAAA